AUGACUGGGAGAUUGUCAAAUUCUAAUAACAAUCAGUACAGAAAAAUGCAGAGUGUUAAUUUUGUAGGUACCAACUAUUCUCGCUAUGGAACAUCUGUUUAUAAGCAACUAUAUGGUAACUAUGAUAAAUAUGACGACUCAGAAUUUUUAGGUGCUCGAUACAAACACAUUUCAGUUUCACCCAAGAAACGCAAUAUUCUAACUAAUUCGAACAGUAAUCUUGAUCGCACUACAGAUAAUGUACUUUCAAAAAAAGAUGUAUUGAAGAAAAAAUAUAAGUCAUUGAUUUCCACUUCAUCCAAGAAAUUGAAGAAUAAAUUUUAUAAUGAUGAUGCUUUUUCCAUUUUCUCGAAUAGAUCACAUUCAAAACAUCCAAUUAUCGUCGAAAGAUACGCUGAAUUAAAUGACUUACCCAUUGAGAUCAUCAAUUAUAUUAUGUCCUUCAUUGAAGAUGAUAAAAUAUUAAUAUAUUGUCUCUACGUUUCCAAAAAAUUCUACGCUGCGGCAAAGCCUAACUUAUAUUCGAUCCUACAUUUCACUUCCACAUACAGAGUAGCGCAAUUUGUUACUUCCUUGAGAUUACACCCUGAGAAUGGUAAUUACGUUAAAUACUUGGAUUUAUCAGAUUUGAAGAAUGGUCUCAUAUUGAGGGAAUCUAAAAAUAAAACUAUAGUAAAUGCCGAUGACGCAGUUGAAGAAGAUGAUGAUAACGAUGAACCCCUCAAAGAGUUAGCUUAUGCUAGUUGGAGAGAUUGGAGAUUUAGAAAUGAUCCACUAUAUAGUUCACCAAUUUUAAAUUGUUACAAUUUGAAAAAAGUCAGCUCUCGUUCUUCUUCAGUCUCAUCAGCUUCAACUACCUUUGAAAGUAAUUUGAACAUAAAAAGACUUCGUUCUAACAGUAGUGUAAGCUCUUUCACUAGCAAUAUUAUGUCUUCCAUUCAGCCUUCUCAUUCUAACGCCAACAUGUUAUUACCAAAGAUCGAUAGUAUAACUAACGAUAAGAGUAACAGAGGAGGUCAUUCUUCGCAAAAUUCUAAAUGGUUCAGAUUGAAAUUAGGUUACAAAAAUCGUGCAAAAAGUAACGCUUUGAAAUUGGAAACGGAUGAUUUAGGACCAACAGAUAUAGAUCAUAAUAGAGUGGUCACUUUUAAAGAAACUGAACGUGAAAGACCUUUCAAAACGAAACAUCCUUACACCAACAAAUUUUUGCUCAAGUAUGCACAAUAUCGUGAUCUUCCAUUAGGAUAUAUUCUUCAUAUUUUGAAGCUCUGUCCAAAUUUAGUCGGUCUGAAUCUAUCAAACCUCUCGCUAUACACCGACUUUAAAGUGACUCAUAACGUUUCCAAUACUAUCAACAGACAAUUCUCUACAUUGAUUGCGGAUAGUACUCCAACUGUCGAACUAGAAAAUAAAGAAGAUAAUCUUGAUGUGGUUUAUUUGACUGAUUCAAGUAAAAUUUAUGAACCUUCAGAAAAUAAGCGUACAGUUUCUUCUUCAUCACAGUUGGGAUUUUCAAACGCGAACAGCUGGAUUUCCACAAAUGCCGCUUUCAUUCCUACAAAGAAUUGGCCGCUACCUAUCGAUAGCAAUACCAAAUUAAGAGGUUCACAAAACAAAAGAACAGAUUAUGAAUUGACAAAGGUACAAACAAUGGAAAUUUUCCAACAUUUGUCUUGCUUGACAGAAUUAAAGAUUAAUAAUGUCGUAUGGUGCACUCAAAGUAUGAUUAAAUCAUUUAUUUUGGAUACAUUUGUGAAGAGCAGGUAUAAUGUUGAUUUGAGUUUUGAAAAGUCUGGUAUGAACAGAAACUUUGUAUGGUCUUGCAAAGGUAACUUAGACACAUUUGUUACAUUGGUUGCAUUGGAUGAGCUUUUGAAACGUGAUGAUUUUGAAAUAGAAAGUAUUUUCAAUAUUAGAAGAGGUAAUUUACAAUUAUCGCAAGAGCACAAGGAAAAGAAUACUGCUACAAUAGAAAAAUCAGCCUUUUUUGAAAUUUCCUAUGAUAUUGAAAAUGGGUCCCAGAAGACUAUUAGUGUUAGUUUAGAAAUCUUGAAAAAUGAUCCACUAUUAAAACCAACUACACUUGAUUUGAAAAAGAUCGCAGAAAAUAGAUUGCAUAUUUCAGUCAAUUUACGUUUGGAUGAAAAUUUCAGUGGUAUGAUGGUGCCAAAUGAAAUAUUACCGAAGAAAUCAGAUGAAAGAAUUGAUCGACUAGCACACGCUUUGUUGUUCAGAGUCAUGCAUUUAAGAAGUGGCUACUUAAGAAGAAAUGUUGGCGAAAAUAGCUAUCUUUCAGAAUCAAUGGCUCUAUAA